GCUCAACGUGCAUCUGCACCGAUGGGUUCCCGUACAGGUCCCCCAGGUCAGUGUGCAGGGGACGCGAUUGACCCCACGUGGAUAGUACCCCCCCGUGUCUCGUUGUGAAUGACCUCCUCCACGGUGAAACACCCCUUCGAAGACAAGGAGAUGGCUGUUUUUUCUUUGACCAAAGCGGUAGAGGAGGUCAGCCACCAAGGCUAUGCCAAUAUGGCGGCCCUGCAGGAGAAACUAGACCAGCUCAGCUCUCUUCAGGCCGUUCUGCACAAUGCCGAUACGCGCAGCGAGCACUCCGCCCUGGAGCUACGAGCUGCCACACGUCGGACCCUCAUCCUGGACGAGGACCUCCACCAGUGCCAGCGGCGCUCCGAGGCGCUGUGGUCGAGCUGCAGUACCGCAAACAGCCACACGUCGGCGCUGCGGCUCCGCGUGGACGAGGAACGGGAGCGCGCCCGCUUAGCGCUAGCCGGGAUUGACGUGCAUCGCGUGAAGAUGAAGGAGCACCGGGUGGCGGUGGCGCUCGCCGAGAGCAAGCGAGAGAGCCACCAGGCGCUGGAGGAGCAGAGGAGGAGGGUCAGGGAGCUGAGGGAGAAGAGGGAGAAGCAGAGGAGAGACCUGGAGGACCCCAACGGGAGGGCCGUGCAGGAGGCCAAGACGGGGCAGGUCCAACUGAAGCAGCAGUUGGUUGCUCUGAGGAAGGCCACCGCCCAGAAGAGGGAGGAGCUCCGGCAGGAGAACGACACCCACACCCAAAUAAGGAAAGAGAUAAAGAUCCAACACAGACGGUACGAGGCCAUUGUGAGACGUCUCCACUGUCAGCUGAACAAGGCUCAGGCCUACUACAGACACCUUUCCGGCGACGUCAAUCACAUGGAGAGGCAGGUGUUGGAUCUCCGGAGACAGCUGAACUCAUCCUGAUUCCACCAGGACUGCUCGGGUCAGAGGUCACUGGUCAGAGGUCAAAGGUCAGGAGAAAGCUGCUUCGGAUUAGGAUCAAAACUGGGAAUGACGGUUUGGGAGCGUCAUCGUUGUCGUGUCCCUCCUUUGGCCAGCAGGGGUCAGCAGUGGCCUUCUGGUUCUGAGUUUACACGUUGUUUGGUUUGUUUUGAGUCGUUCCUUUACUGGUUCUGAGUUCUGCGUUUUUCACAAAGAUAUUCCUCCAAUUUCUAAGGUUACAUUAUUAUUAUUAUUAUAAAUUAUGCAUUAUAUUAUCAACUUAGCGUAAAUGGUGGGAUUCAUUUCAGCACAAAUAAAGAAUAUAUUUUAUUAACACCAUGUUAAUAAUAAUAACUUAUAAUUAAUAAUGUAUAUAAUACAUAUAAUAAUAUAAACUAUAUCAUAAUUUUGUGAAACACUCAGCAGCAGGUUUUUGUUACCAAACAGUUUGUUUUUCUUAUAAUGAAAAUAUAUUUUAAAAUGAAA